CUAAAAGAAAAUCUGACUUGAACUUUGCAAGACGCGUCAGCUUAAAUAUUACGCAACCCGAGCUCCUCAGUCUUUUUCGACCUUUUUUUUGCAUAUUAGCAAAUCCAUAUUAAACAAUAUAGAAGAUGAGUCUCAAGAAAGGAGAAGUUAACCUCGGUACAUCCAUUAUGGCAGUUGCUUAUAAAGAUGGCGUUAUCCUUGGUGCUGAUUCACGUACAACUACUGGCGCUUACAUUGCCAAUAGAGUAACAGAUAAAUUGACCAAAGUUCAUGAUAAAAUCUAUUGUUGUCGAUCAGGUUCAGCUGCUGACACUCAAGCAGUUGCUGAUAUUGUACAUUACUAUCUUCAAAUGUACAGUGUUAGUGAAGACCAAGCGCCCUCUGUUCGUACAGCAGCCGCCUUAUUCCAGGAACUAUGUUACCAAAACAAAGAUAAUCUCAUGGCAGGUAUUAUCGUUGCUGGUUGGGAUGACAAGGACGGACCAUCAGUUUAUAAUAUACCUCUUGGAGGAUCUCUGCAUAAAGCACCAUUCGCAAUUGGAGGCUCUGGAUCAACAUAUAUUUACGGUUACUGUGAUGCAAAGUAUAAAGACAACAUGACACGAGAAGAGUGUGAAGAAUUUGUAAAGAAUUCUUUGGCUUUAGCAAUGUCUCGUGAUGGCUCUUCAGGUGGUGUCAUCCGUAUGGCGGUUAUUACAAAGGAUGGUGUUGAAAGACUAUUUGUUCCUGGAAAUGAAUUACCUGUUCAUUGGGAAGGUUAAAUUUUGCCUUUACUAAAGUUAAUAAAAUCACUGUAAAGAUAAUGCGUUUCAUACUGUUGCGAAUGCAGCUCAAAUUGAUAGCAUACACUGUUCCCAUUCUAUUAAAAAGGAUUAUCCCAGUGAAUUGCAUGAAUCAGAUUAACUUUUGCUUGGUGAUUCUUUUAAAUACACACUACAUUAAAUGAAAUUUGGCUUUGCUAAUGAAACAAUGCCUCUCACAUCUAUCAAAUAAGCUUUAAGCAGUUUGCCGCUUUAAAUAAAACAUUUUGAGAUUUUCAGUAGCACUAUCAGUCAUCCAAAUGAUUCCAAAUAAUCAAAAGCAAAAUGAAGACUCCAUAUAGUAUAUUUAACUUUGAAU